CCAGCCGUGCAUUUUGACCAUUAUUCUUGCAGUUCCGUUGGCGACGAUGACCAUUCUCUGCUGCAUGUGUGGUGUGUCCAUUGAGUCCAACUUGGCCAACAUGUGCGCGCCAUGUCUGUCGACAGAAGUCGACAUCACGGACGGCAUUUCGAAAGAAUGUUCGCUCGUGCAAUGCAACGGGUGCCUGCGGUUCCAACGAAGCACGGGAGCGAAGGGGACAAGUGGGAUCUACGCCGAGUGUCCCUUGGAAUCCCUCGACCUCAUGGCGUUGUGCUUGAAGAAGAUCCACGGCCUCAACAAAGACGUGAAACUGAUCGACGCCAGUUUCAUCUGGACCGAGCCGCACAGCAAGCGCAUCAAACUCAAAUUGACCAUUCGAAAGGAGGCCAUGCGUAACGCGAUCCUCCAAAAGUCGUUCAUUGUCACGUUCAUCGUGGAAAACCUCAAGUGCACGGAUUGUUCCAAGCAGUACAACAACUCGACGUGGAAAGCGGUGGUUCAGAUUCGUCAAAAGGUGCACCACAAGCGAACGUUCUUCCACCUCGAACAAAUCAUUUUGAAACAUGGUGCUCAUACCCGCGCAAUCGGCAUGACGGCUGAGAAGGACGGCAUGGAUUUCUUCUUCAACGAGAAGAACAGCGCCGAACGCUUUGCGCAAUUCCUGAGCCAACACGUGCCCACGAGGUCCAAGGCGGCGCGUAAGCUCAUCUCGUCCGACAACCACAACAACACGGCCAAUGUCAAGCUCACUGUGCACGUGGAACUCGCGCCCAUUUGCAAGGACGACCUUGUGAUCGUGGACAAACGACUUGCCCAACUAUGCGGGUCCAACCUCGUUCUCGUGACCCGAGUCACGACCCAAGUGCAUAUCUUGGACCCGUUGACCGGCCGCCGCGCUGAGAUACCGUCGGAUCGGUACUGGAAGACUCCGUUUGAAGCACUCGACAGUGCGUCGUCGAUGGUCGACUAUGUCGUGCUCAACGUCGAGUUGGUGGACGAGCCGCGUCGCCACCGCCCGUCGACGGCCUCGGACGUUGCUCUGGUAGGACCUGACGACGUGAUGGCGGUCGUGGAAGUGGCGCGGGUGUCGGACUUGGGCGUGAAUGACACGACGUUUUCCGUGAUGACGCACUUGGGGCGGUUCCUCUCGGCUGGGGACUUUGUCAAGGGGUACGACCUCGGUCGAUGCAACUUUGGGUCGCAGCAGCUGUACCACCUCCAAGCGGACCUGCCCGACCUCGUGCUCGUACGGCGCGUGUACCCCAAGAAGGACAGCGGCGACCAAAAGAAGAGCAAAAAAGGCACGCGGCGCAAAAGCAUGAUGGCGCGCAGUGGGAAAGCCAAGGAUGUUGAGCGAGUAGAAGCCGAGUACGAAGCGUUCAUGGACGACUACGAAGAGGACGACGAAGCUCAAGACGUCGGACGAGAAGAAGUUGGGGGCGACGAUGAAGAAGGCAGUGCUGCCGCAACCGAAUAGGUUGAUCUCGGGUAAAUACGGUAAUAUGUAGCUACCUACACACAUAGCACGCACCUCUCAGCAGUCUAUUAUGGGGUUGACGUGGUCGCACUGGC